AUGGGAUCAAUCAGUACCCAACAUACACUUUACGGAAGGGAAACUAUUUUCAAGAAAACACUAGAUGAUAUCACCAUUGGUACAUAUCAUUCGGAAACCAGCCUUUCUGUUCUUCCUAUAAUUGGUCCAGGGGGUAUUGGAAAGACAACUUUCACCCAACACCUCUAUAGUGAUAAAAGAAUGGAAGAACACUUUGAUGUUAAGGUUUGGGUGUGUGUAUCAACUGAUUUUGAUGUGUUUAAGCUCACCAAGCGUAUCUAUGAUGGCAUGCUUGGAGCUGAAAAAGAAGAAAGCAACACAAGUGCAAAUCAAACAACCAACUUGAACGGGCUACAAGAAUCUAUCACCAGGAAAUUGAAGUCCAAAAGGUUUUUGAUUGUCUUUGAUGAUAUAUGGGAAUGCAACAGUGAAGGUUGGGAAAACUUGUUAGCACCAUUCAUCAAUGGGGACACCAAGGGCAACAUGGUUCUCGUUACAACUAGAUUUCCAUCUAAAGCUGAAAUGGUGAAAACAACCAACCCAAUAGCACUGGAAGGUCUGGAGCCUCAGGUCUUCUUCACAUUUUUUCUCAGACUGAAGCAGCAGCAACGCUACAAGUUUUUCUCAGGUUGUUGCUUGCUUGCCGGAGCUGAACUGCACUAG